GGUAAAUAUAAUGCAAUGUCAGCUUCCGACCUGUAGCUGUUUGUGUAAUUUGAUAUCUGCGUUAUUGUUGUACGGAAGAAGGUGGUGUAGUCUAAGCAUCCAAUCCGGUGGUUUCGUAUCUGGUGCUCCUUUUUGUUUUUCUGUGCUAUUUGACUAUUGCUGGGGCCAUACAGUGCAGCACGGAUCACGGAGCGAAGAACUUGCUCAGGACUGGAGGGCAAUCCCCACCCACACAUACCCACGCAUCAUCCAAUUACGUUGGGCUUCAGACUGACUGAGAAUACGGCACACGCCACACAGCAGAAGGAGAGAGCUGGAGUUGGGCGCCUAUUGUUACUGCGGGUCACAAGGUGGGUACCAGUUAGUCCUUGUCACACACCUCACUGAGAGACCACAGCCAGGCUUACUGACUUGUAACCAACAAGACGACAAUUGAGAAGAACCAAACCUUAGAGAUCUACAUGUUGACUAAAGAGGAACAAAUGGAGUUUAGUGAAGUUGCAGUUUAUUUCUCGGAGGAGGAGUGGGGCUGUUUAACUGAAGAACAAAAAGAGCUUUAUAAGGAUGUGAUGAUGGAGAAUUACCAGACCCUGAGGUCUCUAGGAUAUGUUCAUGUGAAACCUGUACUGGUUACAAAGAUUGAGAAUAGAGAGGAGCCGUAUGUGAGCAGUUUUCCAAAUAACAAAGGUGAAUUCACAAACUGCAGUCGUGUUCAGAGUGUAGAUGCUACUUUCAGUCUUUUCCAAAAUCAAAGAAGUCACGUAGGAAAUUUAUGUUCUGAAUGUGGGAAAUGUUUCACAGAGAAAUCAUUUCUUUUUGACCAUCUGAAAUCUCAUACAGGAAAUAAAGCAUUUUCAUGUUCUAAAUGUGGGAAAUGUUUUAAUCGGAAAUCAGAUCUUAUUAGACAUAACAAAACUCACACAGGAGAAAAAUCAUUUUCAUGUUCUGAAUGUGGGAAAUGUUUUACUCAGAACUCAUGUCUUAUUAGACAUCACAAAAUUCACACAGGAGAAAAAGCAUUUUCAUGUUCUUACUGUGGGCAAUGUUUUACUCAGAACUCAUGUCUUAUUAGACAUUACAAAAUUCACACAGGAGAAAAAGCAUUUUCAUGUUCUUACUGUGGGAAAUGUUUUAAUCGGCAAUCAAAUCUUAUUAUUCAUCAGACAAUUCAUACAGGAGAAAAAACAUUUCCAUGUUCUUACUGUGGGAAAUGUUUUAUUCGGGAAUCAAAUCUUAUUAAUCAUCAGAAAAUUCACACUGGAGAAAAAGCAUUUUCUUGUUCUGACUGUGGCAGAUGUUUUACAUGGAAAUCAGUUCUUAUUAAUCAUCAGAAAAUUCAUACAGGAGUGAAAGCAUUUACAUGUGCUGAAUGUGGGAAAUGUUUUAGUCAGAAAUCAACUCUAAUUAAUCAUCAGAAAAUUCAUAAAGGAGAGAAAGUAUUUUCUUGUUCCGACUGUGGGAGAUGUUUUACUCGGAAAUCACAUUUAAUUAUGCACCAGAAAUUUCACACAGUAGAAAAAACACUUUCAUGUUCUGAUUGUGGUAAAUGUUUUACUCAUAAAUCAUAUCUUAUUCAUCAUCGCAAAAUUCACACAGAAGAAAAAGGCUUUUCGUGUUCUGAUUGUGGCAAAUUUUAUUCUAGAAAAUCAUAUCUUAUUCAUCAUCGCAAAAUUCACACAGAAGAAAAAGCAUUUUCAUGUUCUGAGUGUGGGAAAUGUUUUACUUGGAAAUCAGUUCUUAUUGAUCAUCAAAAAAUUCAUACAGGGGAGAAAGAAUUUUCUUGUUCUGAAUGUGGUAAAUGUUUUACUAGGAAAUCAUAUCUUAGAAUGCAUCACAAAAUUCACACCGGAGAAAAAGCACUUUCUUGUUCUGACUGUGGGAAAUGUUUUGCUAGGAAAUCAGACCUUAAUACACAUCACAAAAUUCAUACAAGAGAAAAAGCAUUUUCAUGUUCUGUCUGUGGGAAAUGUUUUACUCAGAAAUCAUAUCUUAUUAGACAUCACAAAAUUCACACAGGAGAAAAGGCAUUUUCAUGUUCUGAUUGUGGGAAAUGUUUUACUCAGAAAUCAUAUCUUUUUCAUCAUCAGAAAAUCCAUACAGGAGAAAAGGCAUUUUCAUGUUCUGACUGUGGAAAAUGUUUUACUCAGAAAUCAUAUCUUAUUAGACAUCACAAAAUUCACACAGGAGAAAAAUAAUUUUCAUGUUUUGACUGUGGGAAAUGUUUUACUCGGGAAUCACAUCUUAUUCAUCAUCAGAAAAUUCACACAGGAGAAAAAGCAAUGUUUUACUAUGAAAUCACAUCUUAUUACGCAUCACAAAAUUCACACAGGAGAAAAGUAAUUUCCAUGUUUUGACUGAAAAAUGUUUUACUCUGAAAUCGCAUCUUAUUAUGCAUCAGAAAAAUCAUACAGGAGAGAAAGAAUUCUCAUGUUCUGACUGUGGAAAAUGUUUUACUUUUAAAUCACAUCUUUUGAGACUUCAAAAAAAUCAUACAGGAGAAAAGGGCUUGUUAUGUUCUGAAUGUGAUAAAUGUUUAGCUCAGAAAUCAAAUCUUAUUACUCUCCAGAAAAAUAAUAUUAAAGGAAAUCAGAGCUUAA